AUGGAUGAUCAACCUCUCCAACUAAGCCCCGAGAUGGGGCAACAAUUUCUUCCAGCCUACGUUGACCUAGGGCUGUUCCAGGACGGGCCAGCCUUGCCCAUGGACUUCCCCCCACCCCACGCUGGCCUGGAUUCACUCCAAGCCGAGGGGAUCAUGGUCAUGCAAGCCAAGCAUGCAGAGCUUUUCGAAGCUUAUGCCAAAAAUAAGCAGAGUCAAGAAAGUCUGGUCAAGGGCCUAACGCAAUUUCAUGGCCGCGCGUCGGCGGCCUUGGAUGAGAAAACCGCGGCUACCAAAGCCAUGAAAGAGCUACUAGACGAGCAAAGCGCACUUGAUCCACAAUGCUUCGCCAUGCGGCACGCUGAAGCAUUAAACGAGCUUCAAAUUACUACAGAGUGCGAGGCCAGCCUAUCUCGCCUCGUCGAAACUGGGCACCGGGACUUGAGGAAGGUUACCCAAGAGGGGGGUGAUAUCGUCUUCCAGCUAAAGGUUCUUGAGGUGCAGCUACAGAAUGCGGACCCAAGCUUUCAACUAUAUGAUUAUGGCAAGGUUGGUCCUGAAGUUGAGGAUGAGAUGAUGGCUUGA